AUGACAAAGAUGCCGCCCACCGAGGAAGAGGAGAGGCAGGCGGAGGCGGUGCUCCACGUGGAGGCGCUGGAUCAGCCGCAGACGGACCUCCUGGGCUGCCUGGACGCAGCCCUGCGCUUCAUCCACGAGGCCCGAGGGAGGGGCGUCCUCGUCCGAUGUCAAGCUGGAGUCAGCCGAAGUGUCGCUGUUGUGACUGCAUAUUUGAUGAAGGCCAACAAUCUCCCCUUUGAAGAGGCCUAUGCCUUCAUCCAGGCCAUCAAACCCGAUGCCAAAAUGAACGAGGGCUUUGAGUGGCAACUGAAACUCUAUGAAAAAAUGGGGUGUGAAGUUAAUGUAAACAGUCCUGUUUACAAACAAUAUCGUUUGCAGAGGAUUGCAGAGAGAUACCCUGAUUCACAGGACCUUCCAGAAGAAGUCUUUGCAGUUGAUCCAAACAACAUACAACAGACUCCAAAUUGUGAAGUUCUUUACAAGUGUAGGAAGUGCCGGCGUCAGCUCUUUCAAAGCUCAAGCAUCUUAUCUCAUGAUGAAGGCAAAGGACCGGCAGCUUUUGCUCACAAGAAAUUUUCAGAACCUGUUCUUUUUCACUGUAAUGGCAGAUCCAGUUGUACUUCUUACUUCGUUGAGCCUCUGCAGUGGAUGGAGCCAGUGCUUUUAGGAGUGAUGGAAGGACAGGAGCAAGUGGGAGGAAUUACCUGCUUUUACAGGAUGCUGGGACCUUGUAUGCUGGAAAUGAAUGUAUCACAGCUGCUGUGCCCGAAAUGUACAUCAAAGUUGGGCUCCUUUCACUGGCAUGGGGCGCAGUGUUCAUGUGGCCACUGGGUUACCCCUGCCUUCCAAAUUCACAAGAGCCGCGUGGAUGAAGCAAAGGGGCUGCCAGUUGGUGCUGUGCUGGAUGUGACAAAGUGAGGUUGGUUCAGUUGGCACAAAAGCUCUAAGAACUUACAGUAUGAGACUUAUGAGUCAGUGGGUUGAAGUAAAAGCUUUUUCCUGCAGCUUUCCAGAAACAUGCAAGAGAAGUAUACAACUGGCAUUUUUCUGAUGUGAUUUUGUACCAAAAGUAAUUUUGUACCAAACUCUCAAAUAAACACUGCAGGAAAUGUGUGA